AUGCGGCGGCGAUCUCGCGGGGGCGCUUCCGACCGGAGCGGAUGGGGCCGCUCGGCCGUUGCGGAUUUAACGCAUAACUCCGCAAACGCUCGUAAGAGGGCGUGCGAUGCAGCGACCAAAUGGCCCCGGUCGAACGCUACGGGGCGCAUUACGCGAGGCUUUAUAACAAACGGCGCGCCCAAAUUGGCCCCGUUGAAGCGA